UUUUACUAUUUCUAAAAAUAGUAUCAUCCAUGGCGGAAGCGAGAGAUAUUACAUGUUGAAGACGUUGCUGAUCAAACAACGCAACCACCAUGCCGGGGAAAAGCCCCAAGAAGAAGGACCUGUACCUGGGUAAAAACAUGGCUGACCUCAACAAGCUGGGGGAGUGCAAAGACCUGGGGAAUAAUGUCACAAUCAUCAUAAGAUCUGCAGACAAGACAUUUCGUGAAGCUGUGCACCAAGAUGAACUUUCGGACGAGGAGCGAGCUUAUGUCCUGUACAUGCGGUACUUCAACGUCAUACAGACGGCCAAGCGAAAGGCUGAAUAUAUCAAGCAGAAGGAGUACUUUGACAACCUCAUUGGGAAGAAGAACCAGCUUCAUGCUAUAGAGAGAGCAGAGGGCUUGUCCCAGAACCUUAAAGAAAGAUAUGACCUCAUAGAAGCCGAGGCAGUGGCGAAGAAGCUGGAAGCUCUCGAUGAGAAGAAGAAAGAGGACAAAAAGGAGGAGAAGAAAGAUGUUGAGAAGGACGCAGCUGAGGAGAAGGGAAAUGACAAAGAAAAUGGCUCAUCUACAGUGCCACCAGUGACGGCUCCAGGCAGCAUCUCACCGAUGGAGCUGUUUACACUGCUCAACGAUCGGGAAACUCAGCUCAUACUGAUGGACGUCCGUCCGGAAGAGGACUACGCCGACUCCCACAUCAGCCACAAGUCCUGUGUCAAUGUUCCUGCCAGCAUACUACAACCUGGAACCACCGUCAACUACAUCAGUAAUGCAUUGCCAGAAGCAUCCAGGUCGCUAUGGAAACAACGCGGUCAGGUCGAUCAUGUUAUUCUAUUAGACUGGCGGUCUACGUCACAAGAGGUCAAGAUUGGAUCAACUCUGAGAACACUAAAGGAUGCCUUAUUCAAGUACGACGUCACAGUGAUCCUGAAGAGCGAGCCCCUCGUGUUGGAGGGGGGCUAUGAGCAGUGGCUGCUGUACUACCCCACCGUUACCACCAACUCCCACAUCCUGUGUCCCUCUCGCCCCGAGGACUUCAUCACAUCAUCAGCAUUGGAUUUUGAUUACCCUGACUUUGAUGAACCCUCCAAUGAUAAACAGCCACUUAUCAACCAAUCAGGAGCCUCUAUCCCAACUCAAGCUCCCAAUGGAAUGUCACAGCCUUUACUUCCUUCCGUAGAUCGCUCACUUAAACCCAAACCAGUCACAAGAUCUGUUAAUGCUGCCCCACUAAACAACAAGACCUCCGAACCCAAAGUAGCAAACAAUCUCAAAAACACAAACACAGAACCACAGGGUGAUAAACUUGAUGGUUUUAAGAUCAUUUCAAAUUCGCUCUAUCCCAGUGUUGGGCAAAUGGUUGCUAAGAACAUUGUGCGAAGUAACUCAAGGACCGAUUCUGGUGUGGCGCCAGUGGACGUGAAACCUAAGAUAGAGAACAGCGAUGUUGAUCAGGAACUUGUGGAGUUGACAGAGAUAAAGAAGAAGAAGGAGGAAGAACUACAUGACUUCAAGUCUGAGCGGAAACGGAUGGCGGCCGAGCACAAGGCACGGACAGCGAAGUUGGAGGAAGAGGAGGAGAAGUUGCGUCAGUUGGAGAAACUGCGGAGGAAAGAGGAGAAGGAUGUUGUGGAGCUGAUGCGGCUGAAAAGGAACCUGCAGGAAGAGAUGAAGAAUGAACAGAUCAAGCAGGAUGGAGAGAACAAACAAACAGAGGAGGAAGAGAGGAAGAGAUUGGCUGAACUGGAACAGAUGCAGAAACUGGAAGAAGACAAGAGACGUCGCCAGGAGGAUGUCGAGAAACUCCGACGAGAACGACGCAAGAAGGAAGAUGACAAGCGAGCCCAAGAUCUGGAGAUGAAGGACAACAUCCUCCGUGAGGCUGCUGAAGCUGCCCGGCAGGAGGAGGAGCAACGCAGACAGGAAGCUGCUGCCGCCGCUGCCAAGAGAGCCGAGGAGGAGAGACAGGAGGCAGAGAGAGAGAAGAAAGAAGAGGAGAGAAAGAAGAGAGAAGAAAUCAAAAUACAACAACUUAAAAAAGAAAAGCAAGAGCAAGAGAAGAAGUUGAAAGAGCAGCGUGAACGUGAGGAGAAGAUGAAGGCUGACGAGGAGUUAGCUGAGCGGCUGAAACAUGAGGAGGCCGAGAGAGCCAAGGCUGAGAGGGAUCAGAAGAUGGCUGCCGAGAAGGCUCGGGCUGAAGAGGCUCGCCGGUUAGCAGAGGAGAAAAUAAAGAAAGUCAAUGAGACGAAGCCACAGUGGAAACAGGUCCCGUCCAACAACCUGCCUGUUGGUUGGGAGAAGCGGCUUGACAAAAGCACCAACAGAUACUUCUACAUCAACCACAACCUUACUACAACACAGUGGGAGCCGCCAGUCAAGAUUCAACCAGCUUCUACUACAGGAACGUUCACCACCAAGUUGAAAGAAGAACCUGCACAGUCAUCACGGGGUCUAACUCGAUCUUUCUCGUCUCCUGACAUCAUGAAACAGAUGGCGGAGGAAGGAGACAAGCCACUCCAUACGCUCAACUUUGACCGUGCCAGCAAGCCAUCACAGAGGUUCGAGCCUCCUGUGAGUAAGCCAGUGCAGAGACAGUAUGUGGUGAAGAGACGAGACCUCAACCCCGUCUACGGCAGUGUGGGUGCUGCGUUGACUGGUCUGCGUAACCUUGGCAACACGUGUUACAUGAACUCCACCAUCCAGUGCCUAAAUAACUGUACUCCACUCGUAGCCUACUUCCUUAACGACUUGUACUUGGAUGACAUCAACAGGGAUAGCUUUCGGGAGGGCAUGCAUGGUGAGAUGGUGGACGACUAUGCUAUUGUCCUGAAGGCCUUGUGGAAUGGCCAGAACAGAUGUAUCACGCCCAGAGACCUGAAGAAUACAGUUGGGAAAUACAACCCCAUGUUUGCUGGCUAUCAGCAGCAGGACUCACAGGAGUUCCUCACCUUCCUCUUGGACGGUCUACACGAGGGACUGAACGAGGUGAAGGUUCGGCCCAAGAUACCGGAGCAAGAAAAUGACCAUCUCCCGGACCACCGGGCGGCAGAGAUAGCCUGGCGUGACCACAAACGCCUGCACAAGUCCAUAAUUGUGGAACUGUUCCAGGGGCAGUUGAAGUCCACUCUUCAGUGUAAACACUGUAGCAAGAAGUCGGUGACGUUUCAGGCUUUCAUGUUCCUCUCCCUGCCCCUUCCACAGCAGUCCAGGUGCUCUCUGAAGGAUUGCAUAUACAAGUUCCUCAGCCCCGAGAUGAUGACGGGCAGCUGUAAGUGGAAGUGCCCAAAAUGUCGCGUUGAGAGAGAUGCCGUCAAAAAAAUCGACAUCUGGAAACUUCCGCCUAUUCUGCUCAUCGGUCUCAACAGAUUUGUGAGUGACGGGAUGUGGACCCAGAAAUCGACAAGCUACGUGGACUUCCCGGUGAGCGAUAUGGACAUGAGAGAGCAUGUCAGCGACCCCAAGUCCACCACCAGAUACAACCUCUAUGGCAUCUCGAAUCACUACGGGACCAUGGAAGGAGGCCACUACACAGCCUUCUGUCGAAACCCCUGCACCAAGAAAUGGUACAAGUAUGAUGACCACGAGGUGUAUGAAAUGUCACGCUCCGAUGUCAAGACAUCCGCCGCCUUUGUACUGUACUACACGUCCAUAGAACUUACAGCACCUAUUUUCAGCCCUUCCCAGUAA